GUGAACAUUAAGCGGAGCAGACCAAAAUCCCAAACAAGGAAAUGGUGGGGGAAUAAAACGACCAGAUUAUUUAAUUAAUGCAUAUAAUAAUUAAUAUUUUAUUUUAUUGUAAAUUAAGACGUAUUUAUGGGUUAAAAUGGAUUACGACUUCAAAACAAAGCUGGCGGCCGAGCGAGAGAGAGUAGAAGAUCUGUUCGAAUAUGAAGGUUGCAAAGUGGGUCGAGGCACCUACGGGCACGUUUAUAAAGCUAAGCGCAAAGACGGGAAGGACGAGAAAGAGUAUGCACUGAAGCAAAUAGAAGGCACUGGAAUCUCCAUGUCUGCCUGCAGGGAAAUUGCUUUGUUACGAGAACUGAAGCACCCGAAUGUGAUCGCCCUGCAGAAAGUCUUCUUGUCCCACAGCGACAGGAAGGUUUGGCUCCUCUUCGACUAUGCUGAACAUGACCUUUGGCACAUCAUCAAAUUCCAUCGUGCGUCCAAGGCCAACAAGAAGCCAAUGCAGCUGCCACGGGGGAUGGUAAAGUCCCUCCUGUAUCAGAUUCUGGAUGGGAUCCAUUACCUUCAUGCCAACUGGGUGCUUCAUAGGGAUCUGAAACCAGCUAACAUCCUAGUGAUGGGGGAGGGUCCUGAACGAGGACGAGUUAAAAUCGCCGAUAUGGGCUUCGCCAGACUCUUCAACUCUCCUCUCAAGCCUCUGGCGGACCUGGACCCCGUGGUGGUUACGUUCUGGUACAGGGCCCCUGAGCUUCUCCUGGGGGCCCGUCAUUACACCAAAGCAAUUGAUAUUUGGGCGAUUGGCUGCAUCUUCGCAGAGCUGCUAACGUCAGAGCCCAUCUUUCACUGUCGCCAAGAAGAUAUCAAGACUAGUAACCCCUUCCAUCACGACCAGCUGGAUAGGAUAUUCAGCGUCAUGGGUUUCCCUGCAGAUAAGGACUGGGAAGACAUUAGAAAGAUGCCAGAGUACCCCACCCUACAGAAGGACUUCAGGAGGACGACGUAUGCAAACAGCAGCUUAAUCAAAUAUAUGGAGAAGCAUAAAGUCAAACCGGACAGCAAGGUUUUCCUGUUGCUUCAGAAGCUCCUCACCAUGGACCCCACCAAAAGAAUAACAUCAGAGCAGGCGCUGCAGGACCCGUACUUCCUGGAGGACCCUCUACCAACCACUGAUGUGUUUGCGGGCUGCCAGAUCCCCUAUCCAAAACGAGAGUUUCUCACCGAAGACGAGCCAGAGGAGAAAACAGAGAAGAACCAGACCCAGCAACACCAGCAGACGACAGGCCAGAAUCAGGCCCAGAACCAGCAGCAGACGGCAGCCCAACAAGCACCCUCCCAGCAGAGCUCUGCCCAAACGAAUGGCACUGCUGGAGCCACAGGGGCUACCGCUGGCGGAGGGUUACAGCAUGGCCAGGACCAGGGCCCACCCAACAAGAAGCCUCGCAUUGGGCCACCUGGGGCCUCCUCAGGCACGGGGGUACUACAGUCAGACUACCAGCACUCCAGCUCUCGCCUUGGUUACCAAAGCAACGUCCAAGGUUCCAGCCAGCCCCAAAGCACCAUGGGAUACUCGUCAUCAUCCCAAGUGAGCUCCCAGUACACCCACCAGACCCACCGCUACUGAGGCUCCCAGUCGUCCGCAAACCAGCAGAGGAGCCUUCGCUCCUCCUCCACCGUCCCUCAGCAGCCAGGACCCCGUCGGCGACCGCAUCCUGGUCAUACUACAUCAUUCCUCCCUCCUCUCUGACCUCCUGCCUGACAGCCUUCAGCAGCACGGUAACGCGACGGACACCAAACAUAGGAACCAAAACAUUCUGACAGUCAAUCUCAGCCUUAUCUGGCUGCUGAACCCUUUUAAACGCAGAAAAUAUAGUAAGAAAGACGUGAAGGCGUCACACAGACUCUGACCCGUGGCACUUACAGACAGGCUCUUCGCAGCUGUGUCCAUAACUGUACAUUGCAUUGCAUCUUUUUGUAUUUAAUUUUUUUCAUGCUUGUUUGCUAGAGUUUACCUUGAUAGCUGAUGUCAUUGUAAAUAUUGCUAUGUAUGAAAAGUAUCAGAUGAAAGGAAACACAAGGAAAAACCCUUUACUGUCGCAUCUAGUGUACGACCGUGGAUAAUCAAUGGAAAUGUUUGAGCUAAACCUGUCGUUUUAUGAAGACAUAAGUCAGCUUUUCUACAAAUUCAUCAGCUCCUCAGCUGAUGCAAAUGCAGGGAAAUAUUAAAUGCGCAAUUUUACUUCUUCUAGGGUUUCUAUAUUUGACCUGUUUGUAUCUAGACUGGGAACAUGAAAAACAUCUUGUGUACAUCAUGAUCCACUCCACUAUCUUUAGAGGUUAGACCUGUGUUUGUGGCCAGCGCAUGCACUGUGUCUUCUCUGUAAUUGCAUAAAUGUACAGGGCAGCUAACAGAUGGUCCUUCCCAGGUAUGUCACCUAUAACUGUUACUGCCUGAUGAUUGAAGGGUUGGUUAUUAUGGAUGCUGUGUGUGUGUGUGUGUGUGUGUGUGUGUGUGUGUGUGUGUGUGUGUGUGUGUGUGUGUGUGUGUGUGUGUGUGUGUGUGUGUGUGUGUGUGUGUGUGUGCGUGCGUGUGCGUGUGUGUGUGUGUGUGUGUGUGUGUGUGUGUGUGUGUGUGUGUACAGUAUGUUUUUUAUGCAUGUUCUCUUCUUACCUAAACCCUGUUAGAACUGCACUGAACUGAUUUGCAAAGAGCUGGAACAACCCGGGCGGGUUCUGAGCCGAGCUGUCCUCUCCCACUCCGUCCCCCCUGGACGAGCGUGUAACAGUUUAACAGACAGUGCGUGUGUUCUUCAAUACAUGCUGGCACUUGUGUAAAUAUGUAAAGGACACCCCUAGAGCGCAUAAGGCGAGUUCAACCACUGCACUUAAGAAUAGUUAGGCCUUUCAGUAAAGCAGAGACGUCUCUAUCAAAAGGAAGCCACCUGUGAGCUCAGCUCUUUAUUUAGCCAUAAGCCCAUCAUCAGAAUCAUCUCUGCAAUAAGAAAAACCAAUAGAAUGACCACUUCUGCAUAAAUAAGACAGUGACUAUACUCGACCCAAUAUAAAGUAGUUGAGCUGCACCGUGGUUACAUUAAUCUAACAGUAAUACUCAUCCAGUCACAGUGUAACCAUGGAAUGGGCCGUAAAGUCACAGGACACGCUAAUGUGUCCCCAGCUUCAGCUUGUAUUAAAUGCACCCAGUGACUGGGGCGCAGGAAGCACUGACACCUGGUGCAUGAUCGUAGAACUGGAUGUCUGAAGACAAACGGUAGAGAACAGCAUCCAGACUUCCAGUCCCUGCUCAAAGCACGACAGGCUGUGCUCCAACACUAACUCCUACAGCUGUACAACGCAGGUGCUUUUAUUUUGUACUUUAUAAAGAGAAAACCAUAACACACAGCUGUACUACGUCAGGACCCUGAAAACCUAAAUCCGAGUUUCAUUCCAAAAUAUCACAGUUCAAAUAUACUUUGUGAUUUGUUUUACAUGAAAACAACAAUUGCUGUGUUUGGUUGACAAAACCUUUUACAGAGCAAAAAAAAUCUAUUUUAGACCUUUUUAAAGCUGCAUUGAUCGUUUUUUAACCAAAUCACAACAAGUUGGAGCCUCUGAUCCACUACAAUCUGUAGAAGGCAACAAGAAGCAUUUUUACAACCUUAAAUAGUAAAACCUGUGUUUGUGGUUUAUAGAAGACGUUUAAAGCUAAGACAUAAAUACUUAUUAUUUGUCUUCUAUACAUUUUCUAAUGUUUUUACCCUUAUCUGAACAACAUGUUUGUAAAGUUGUUUCCAAAGAUGGAUUUGAGCUUGUUUGUGUUCUUACAUGAUUCAUCGUGUGCUGUCUCUUGUUAGAAGACAGUCCUUUGUACUCCAGCAUCGUCCGCAGAUUUUGCCACUGUGGAAGAGCUGUGGAAGCGUUGAAAACCAAAACAGUGGUGCUUAAAGAGGCCAAAAUGCCCCAUUCAUUAUUACGUUCAUCAUGCAGCUUCAAAGACGUCUUGGACACAAGCGCUUUGCGCUAAACAGUACAUUGCUUCAUGUUUUCCAGGCAGAUGCAGGGGGUGUGGAUCAGAACCAGCACCCUCCUCCCUUUAGUGCAUCUCUCCACGAGGUCUCACAUGUAUUACUGUCACACAGCUCUUAUGCAAACACAGAUCCAGACUGAGGCUUGUUCCUGUGCUUAGGUUUUGCAGUUGACAGUUUUUAUUACAUUGUAUUCAGCCCUUGUGUAAAAUCCCUUAUGUCAUGUUACACUGCUCCAAAUGAACAAUUGUAAAGAAAUACAAAUGUAUAUGAAUAGAAUACAGUCCUAUUUAUUAUUUGCAUUCAUCCCAUUCAUUCAUUUAAACACUGUCCACUGCCUUAAACCAGUAGCUAUAGAGGAGACCUCUGUCAGUCCUCAUCAUGUAUGAAUGUUAAAACCACCUCAGUACAGUAGAAUGAAGGUCCAUCCCAUCACAGGAACCGUGACCCGGGUUUCAGUUUGUGUGGACGGUGCCUUUCGUGGGAACUUGUUCAGGAUGUAGUCGUUUUGUUCUUCACAAACACACUCUGAGGCUUUUUCCACUCAUGACUAUGUAGCAUAUUGUUAUGGACACGUGGAAGCUAACAGGUAAACAGCCCAUAAGUUUUAUGUGUUGCACCUCUAGUCCUGAAGGAGGGUGGCAUGUCCUCUCUCCUCACACACACAUCACUUAAGCAGUUUUACAUUUCAAAAGCUGUACAUAAGAAACACACUUUAAUAUUCUCUCACUGAGAUACCAAUACCAGAAUUGUCUUUAAUGCACUGUUGUUGCUCAAAUAUUUAGUGGUAAGAUGAAAAAGUAUUUAAUGUUUUCACUGUCUUGCGUUAGACACUAAAGUUCUGGCAGUGCUAUCAGUGUGUAGAUACACACACACACACCUGUAUAAGGAUCUAGUGCACCUUUAGGCCGCUCUCUUCCUUCACACCUCCCGUUUGAUAGUAUUGCAUGUGCCUGUCUUUUCCCAGCGGAGGACUUAAACUCAGACAGGCACUCCAUCUGCAAAGCUUGGCCUCUGCGCUGCCUUCGAUUGCCCGUCGUGCCAUUCAGAUAACAAGCAUUGUUUGGCUUGUCUUACAAAACAUGGUUACAGAAACCCUCAAUCCCAUCACAGCGUCUUUUAAUGAGCAGCUGCGGAAGAAAUUUUCAUAUUGUGGUCUCGGAUAAUAAUACAAGAGUGAGUGUUGCCCAGGGCUCCCAGCGAGCUGCACCAGCAGAAUGCUUUGCAGGUUGGGGUGUCUGUCCACUCUUUUCUAUUCUCUCUGUAUUAACUAUGUGUAUGUGCACACGUUUAAAAUAUCCAUAUGGCCUAAAUGUGUCGUCUUUUCAUAGCAUAUGGCAGCAAUAGCUCAAUGUGGUAAUAUUAUAAACAAAAAAGAAAACUUUUAUUUAGCUGCUUUUGUGCAAAUUUCACUGUACAAAUGACUGUUAAAUGAGAAAGUCAUGUAUAUUUAUUUUAUAUCUUCUAUUAUAAUAAAAAUCUCUUUUGUCUCAAUCA